UUGCCCAUGCCUGAGGCAAUCCCUCUCCACAGAUAGCCAGCUUUAUUAUUAUUAUUAUAUAUAUGUGUGUGUGUGUAUAUAUAUAUAUAUAUAUAAAGUAAAGGUAAAGAUUUCCUAAUAUUACUAGUAUUAUGCUAUACUAACAAUAUAAUAUAUUGUAUAAGGUAAAGGUAAAGGUUUCCCCUGACUUAAGUCCAGUUGUGCUCAUCUCCAUUUCUAAGCCAAAGAGCCGGCGUUGUCCAUAGACACCUCCAAGGUCAUGUGGCCACUGGCAUAACUGCACGGAGCGCCAAUUUGCACAUUUGCAGCAUAUAAAUGUAGUAAAUAAAUAAAUAAAUAUUAUUAUUAUUAUUAUUACUGGCGCUCACAUGGAAUGCACUGAUGACAUGCAUCCUUUCCAGGUGGGUUCCAAGACGGAGGUGUCGGACUGCCGGGAGAGGUUUGCGAGCUCUCCGGACCCGUGGGUGAGCCAGGCCUUCAUGCUGGACCGGGCGUUCCACCCGGAGGGGAAGGGGCUUCCCCCGCUGCGGGGCUACAAGUACUGCUGCUGGUCACCCUUGGGCUGCGAUGCCAACGGCCGCUGCCUCCUGGCCGCCCUGACCCUGGACAACCGCCUGACCAUCCAGGCCAACCUGGACCGGCUGCACUGGGCACCGCUGGCGGACCUGACCCAGCUCUACGCGGAGCGGCUGAUGGAGAGCGGCUUCCGGCCGGGUCGGGCGGAGGAGGGGCCGCCCCCCGUGGGCGACCUGGGGGACUUGGCGGAGUUCCGGCGUCGGCACAGCAUGCAGGCCCCGGUGCGCAUGGAGUGGUCGAGCCUGUGCACCACGCAGCAGGUGCAGCGCAACCUGGAGUGCCGCGACGAGGGCAGCGUGCUGCUGGCGGUGCUCUUUGAGAGCGGGGAGGUGGCCGUCUGGCAGUUCCGGCUGCCCUUCGCCGGGAAGGAGUCCGUCUCGUCCUGCAGCACCGUGGAGUCCGGCGUGGCCUCCCCCAGCGCCCUCUCCUGGUGGGAGUACGAGCACGGCGGGCGGCGCAUGAGCGGCCUGCUCGUGGGCAGCGCCCUGGGCCCCGUCAAGCUGCUCCCGGUCAACCUGAAGGCCGUCAAGGGCUACUUCACCCUGCGGCAGCCGGUGGUGCUGUGGCCGGAGGAGGACCGCCUCCCGGUGCAGAGCCUGCGCAGCGUCCCGCUCUUCCACCCGGUCCAGAAGUGUCCCUGCAGCCUGGUGCUGGCCGCCCGGGGCUGCUACCUCUUCUGGUGCCUGCUGCUCAGCUCCAAGUCCGGCCUCAACGUCCACAACGCCCACGUCACCGGUCUCCACGCCCGGCCCAUCCUCUCCGUGGCCGCCGACCGGCGCGACGGCACCGUCUACACCUGCUCCCUCGACGGGCGGGCCCGGCGCCUGGUCCCCGUCUUCACCGAGGCCGCACUGAGGUUCGAGCACCAGCCGCUCGACCUCGCGGAGGCCUUGGGGCCCGUCCGGACCCACGGCAUCGCCCUCAGCCCUUGCGGGGCCUACCUGGCGGCCGUCACCAGCGAGGGCAUGGCGCACGGCUUCCACCCCGUGGCCAAGAGCUUCCAGGUCCAGUUCAUGGCCCUCAAGACCCCGGAGGAGGCGGCUGCGCAGCUGCUGGAGCCCCCCUCCCAGAGCCUCUUCCGGCAGGUGGACCUCCUGGACCUGGUCCGCUGGGAGGUCCUGAGGGAGAAGCGCAUCCCGCCCUUCCUGCAGGAGGCCCUGGAGGCCAAGCUGGGGGGCGGCGGCUCCUCCCCGUACUUCUGGCGCUUCAAGCUCUUCCUCCUGCGAGUCCUGCACCAGGCGCUGCUGGAGGCGCCCGCCGAGGCCCCGUGGCGGCCGGGCCACGAAGACGCCAAGGCCCCCCGGGUCUCCCCCGAGGGGGAGGAGGGCCCCCCGAAGGUGGGCGAGGAGGCGGCAGCGGAGGAGGAGGAGGAGCAGGAGGGGGCGCCGGAGCCCCUGGAGCAGCGCCUGGGCGAGAUCUGGGCCCAGGUGGAGGCUGCGGAGAGGCACCUGACGCGGGAGCACAUGAAGCAGGUCCUGGGCGAGGUCUACCUGCACACCUGGAUCACCGAGAACACCAGCGUGCCCGCCCGCGGCAUCUGCGACUUCCUGGCCUCCGACGAGGGAUACCAGGACCGCACCGCUCAGGUGCUGAUUGGGCACAUCCUCAAGAAGAUGAACAAACAGACCUUUCCGGAGCACUGCACCCUCUGCAAAGAGACCCUGCCCUUCGCAGACCCCAAGCAGGCCGCCUGCGCCAACAGACACGUCUGGCUCCGGUGCUUCCUGACCUUCCAGGCCUGCCAGAGCCUGGACUACCGGCGGUGCCUCCUCCGAGACUGCAUCGCCCGGCACCCGGCCCCGGAAGGGGAUGUCGGGGGUGGUGUCGGCCCUUCUUCUUCUUGUCCGACAAGAGCAUUAGCAUGUUCUCCGCCGGCUCCAAAGGACCCCAAGGGAUGACCGCUGGCCUGAGACUGGGAAGAAGAAGAAGAAGAAGAAGAAGAAGAGGCAAAGAAAGGAGCAUCUCGUUUCUCCCUCCGCCGAAAUUAAUUAAGCAGAUGCACCUGCCUCGUUAAAAGAGCCGCCCUCGGUUGCCUCCAAAUAGUAUUUAAAUGCGCGGCCGUUUGUUCCGAACGCCCAUCAAUAUUUAACAGGCGGAGGUGAGACGAGCACGAUGUUCGACUCGCCAUCCAUUAUUGAUGGGAGAGCGACAAGCCCGAGACGCACGCCCGACCCCACCCGAGCCCUCCCGACAGAUGGCCAUCGCCGUCCCGACAGCCUUUCUUUUGUUGCCGCUCCUGUUAAUCUCCCUUGGGUCCCGGCCAACAGAAGAGCGGCAUCUGCCCCUCGGAGGCCCCUAAUCCCCUCUCUUUUGCACCGUCAACACCACCGAGAUGGAGCCGUCAAGGCUGUCAAGCGUCAAUCUUUCCAUCCUUCUGCCUUGUCUUUUCCUUCCUCUCUUCCUUGCCAUCUUUUCCCCUCCUUCCUUCCUUCUUCCACUCUCACUUUCUCCAUCUUCAUUCUUGCCUUGUCCUUCCUUCUUUCCUUUGCCAUUUUGUCCUUCCCUUUAUUAUAAUAAUAACAACACCAAUAAUAAUAAUAAUAGAAGAUCAGGGGGCAGAGGACUCUUACAAGUAAAACGAGCAGUCAAAGAAGAAGAACAUGCCCUGGCAGAACAUGUAAAGCAAAGUGAAGAACCUGCUUUGACUGAAGUCAAAAAUCAGAAACUCCUCAAAGCACAGCAGACAAAAAAACAGUACAAGAAAGCCGCACUACAAACUAGAGCUGACAGCUGGCACAACAAAACAUUGUGCAGGUUUUGCAGGUUUGUGAUCCCACCAAUUCUUUGCUGCUGGGAGGUGGUACUUGAGUCAUAAGUUCCAAUGAAUCAUCUGGGCCACAUAGUUGUGCCUCUGUUUGUAGUCUGUCUGUGCGACAAAAAACCAGUACAAGAAAACCACACUACAAACUAGAGCUGACAGCUGGCACAACAAAACACUGCAUGGAAAGUUCCUUGACAAAAUUGAAGGAAAAGCUGAUAAGGAGAAGACCUGGCUCUGGCUCACGAAUGGGACCCUGAAGAAGGAGACAGAAGGCCUCAUCCUUGCAGCCCAGGAGCAAGACAUCAGGACAAAGGCCAUUCAGGCCAAGAUCGAAAAAUCAGCUGAUGACCCAAAAUGCAGACUGUGCAAGGAAUUUGAUGAAACCAUGGAUCAUCUCCUCAGCUGCUGUAAGAAAAUCGCACAGACGGACUACAAACAGAGGCACAA